UUGGCUGGAAGCGCUCCGGAGGAGUUUCAGAGAAAGUCUGGGCUGAAGCUAGAGGCGACCGAUCGUGGGAAGGGGAGGCAGAAAGGCGAGAAGGAGGAGGGCCAGGGCCCAGGCCGCGCCUCCCCGAACCCGCCGCGCGCCCCCGGGGUGGGGGAGGAGCGCAGGGGACAGGACAGAGGGGUCCCUCCCCGAAGCAGAGCCGCCCUGUGCCUCGUCCCUGCACUGAUCCCCGCCCUCAUCCGAGGCUGGAGCGCAGACCCACCCUCCCACCGCGGACCCGCGACCUCCCCGACGCCCGGCGACGCCCUGACCCUCGCUGCUGGUCGGCGAACUCCCUAGGCUGAUCAGGACCUGCCCCUGUGCCGGCUGCCACCCGGACGCCGCACGCCUUCCCACAGAGAGAAAGAGAAGAUCGAGCCCCUCUCAGUGUGAAUGCGCCAACGGGCGGAGCGGAGGGGACACCGCGCGCGGGCAUUGUGUGUGCGCGUGCAGCGUGGGGUCCGCAGCGGGGAGCACCCGCGGGAGGUCCCGUCUCCAAGGGGCGGAGCGCAGGGCUUCCAGUUCUGGGCUCCCUGUCCGGACAGAGUCCCAGCGGAGCCCGACCGCUGCCUAGGCGGCGGGACGGCGCGCCUGGCGGCCAGGAGGGCGCACUGAAAGAAGGCCGGCGAGCCCUGGUCCCCGCGGUUCCCGAUCGAGUUCCUCUUCAGUCCGCGAAUCUGCGGGAGUGGUUCGAUCACCAACACAGGGCGCGGGGAGCCGGGCCGCCCCGUCGGGGGAAUCUGAGACGUCCUCUGGGCUGCGUUUGACCGCCGUGCCCGCUGUGCACGGAGCGCGUCCACUGUGUCCACCGACCCCUUUGGUGCCUGGUCCUCGAGCCCUCACGGCGUGCACCAUGAGCGGCGGCGAAGUGGUUUGCUCGGGAUGGCUCCGCAAGUCGCCCCCGGAGAAGAAGUUGAAGCGUUAUGCGUGGAAGAGAAGGUGGUUUGUGUUGCGCAGUGGCCGUUUGACUGGAGACCCGGAUGUCCUGGAGUAUUACAAAAAUGAUCAUGCCAAGAAGCCUAUCCGGAUUAUUGAUUUAAAUUUAUGUCAGCAAGUUGAUGCUGGGUUGACAUUCAACAAAAAGGAGUUUGAGAACAGCUAUAUCUUUGAUAUCAACACCAUCGACCGGAUUUUCUACUUGGUGGCGGAUAGUGAGGAAGACAUGAACAAGUGGGUCCGUUGUAUCUGUGACAUCUGUGGCUUCAAUCCCACAGAAGAAGAUCCUGUGAAGCCGCUGACCGGCUCCUCACAAGCACCUGUCGAUUCACCUUUCGCUAUAAGUACAGCACCAACCUCCAGUCAGAUGGAAGCUUCUUCAAUCGCGCUACCUCCUCCUUACCAGGUCAUCAGCCUUCCGCCACACCCAGACACCCUCGGCCUCCAGGAAGAUCCACAAGACUACCUCUUGCUGAUCAACUGUCAAAGCAAGAAGCCGGAACCUAACAGCCAAGGGUCAUCUUUUGUUUCUGAAGAAGGAGAGGAGUACCUACUACUAGAAGAUUUUGAAAGCAAAGCGAUUCCAUUGCAAACCCACUUUGACUCUGCCAAGCCCACCUCUUCUGAGACAGACUGCAAUGACAACGUCCCUUCCCACCAGACUCCUGCUUCCUCCCACAGCAAACACGGCAUGAAUGGCUUUUUCCAGCAACAAAUGAUGUACGACUGCCCACCGUCUCGGCUGACAUCUGUCUCGGGAGAGUCCAGCCUCUACAACCUGCCCAGGAGCUAUUCCCAUGACGUGUUGCCAAAGGAAUCCCCAUCAAGCACGGAGGCAGACGGGGAGCUUUACACCUUUAACACCCCAUCUGGGACUGCAGGUGUAGAAAUGCAGAUGAGACAUGUAUCCAUCAGUUACGACAUUCCGCCAACACCUGGCAACACUUACCAGAUUCCACGGACAUUUCCAGAAAGCACAUUGGGACAGUCAUCAAAGCUGGACACCAUUCCUGAUAUCCCUCCACCUCGGCCACCAAAGCCACAUCCAACUCAUGACCGGUCUCCUGUGGAAACGUGUGGAGUCCCACGCACGGCCUCGGACACUGACAGCAGUUACUGUAUCCCUCCUCCAGCAGGCAUGCCGCCCUCCCGGAGUAAUACCAUUUCCACCGUGGAUUUGAACAAGUUGCGGAAAGAUGCUAGUUCUCAAGAUUGCUAUGAUAUUCCACGGACCUUUCCGAGCGAUAGAUCUAGUUCCCUGGAAGGCUUCCAUAGCCAGUAUAAAAUCAAAAGCGUGUUGACAGCGGGAGGUGUCUCAGGUGAAGAGCUGGAUGAGAACUACGUUCCCAUGAACCCCAACUCGCCACCGAGACAACAUUCCGGCAGCUUUACCGAGCCAAUCCAGGAGCCAAACUAUGUGCCAAUGACCCCAGGGACCUUUGACUUUUCUUCCUUUGGAAUGCAAGUCCCUCCUCCGGCUCAUAUGGGCUUCAGGUCCAGCCCAAAGACCCCUCCCAGGAGGCCAGUUCCUGUUGCUGACUGUGAACCACCCCCGGUGGAUAGGAACCUCAAGCCAGACAGAAAAGGUCAGAGUCCUAAAAUUUUAAGACCCAAACCCCAUGGUUUAGAGCGAACUGAUUCACAAACCAUAGGUGACUUUGCUACAAGAAGAAAGGUCAAGCCGGCACCUUUAGAAAUAAAACCUCUAUCAGAAUGGGAAGAGCUGCAAGCCCCAGUCAGAUCUCCCAUCACUAGGAGCUUCGCUCGGGACUCCUCUAGGUUUCCCAUGUCCCCUCGGCCUGAUUCUGUGCACAGUACGACAUCGAGCAGCGACUCUCAUGACAGUGAAGAGAACUAUGUCCCCAUGAAUCCAAAUCUGUCUGGCGAAGACCCGAAUCUCUUUGCCAGCAACAGCCUUGAUGGGGGGAGCAGCCCGAUGAAUAAACCCAAAGGAGACAAACAAGUCGAAUACUUGGAUUUAGACCUAGAUUCUGGGAAGUCUACGCCACCACGGAAGCAAAAGAACAGUGGUUCUGGCAGCAGCAUGGCAGACGAGAGGGUGGAUUACGUCGUGGUGGACCAACAGAAGACUCUGGCCCUGAAGAGUACCAGAGAAGCUUGGACGGACGGGAGGCAGUCCACUGAGUCCGAGACACCCACCAAGAAUGUGAAGUGAAGACAUGCCAUCGCCUCUGCUGACAGAAGAGAUCUGAGUGGAAAGUGAGAUGCCAAGUGAAGAUGCUCCUAUUCUCUCAGUGGAGCCUCGAGCCAGCAGGGGCAGAGAGAAGGCCCUCUCACACAUGUUCAAGCAAAUUAGGUUGUGAAUGGUGCUGUGUGGUAUUGAAUUUGUAACGUGUACAUAACCCGGGGAAAUAGUGUUUUUAGUUCACAGAGAAGCCUUGUCCCUAGUUAACACACCUGUAGUAUUACUAGAGUGAUGCACUUUUCAUUUCAAACCUUGGUUUGGGUCUUCCCGAUCUACCUUAACAGACUUUCCUUGCGAGGUCUUUUGGCCUCCUCACACUACUCUAUAUAACAAUACUAAGUGAACUGAGCUACUUGUAAUUCUGGAAAUUCCAGCUGAAGCUACAGGGCUAACACCAUUAAAACAGGAAGUAAGUUGACCGAUUGGCUUUUCUCUUGAAGGUGGUAGCCAUUAGCUUAAGCUGUAGAACAUAGUUGUCCUUCGUUGUUUUACAAAAUUUCCGAGGAUAUUGUAUAUACCAGGUCAAGACCUAGCUCUCUGACUCAUGUACACUUAGGUUUUAACUGUAGGACUUUGGUUUUUUGUUUUGUUUUGUUGUUGUUAAUGACAGUGUUUUGGGUUCAUUGUGUGAAGGUUCUGCUGGGUAGGAUCUUGCACCUUUCAAAGACUGCCUCUUAGUUACAAAGCCCCCAAGUCAUCCACAGCAUGGACUGCUGGCCUGUUCUUACUCCUGUUUAUGUGUGUUGAACAUUAUUUGCAAACGGCAGAUUAUAUGACUGACUAAUCAGGUACGUACAAGGCACUGAUGUGCUAAUACAGUGAUUGGGUCAGACAAAGUGCUUCAGUUAGGUGUUCGUUAGUCCUAAUCUUGGUUUAGGAUUAAUGAAACAGUUGGCAUUCACUGUCAGCAACAUACUGUGAUUUUGAAUGAAUUAGGCAGGAAUUCAAGAUUACUACUCUUCGAUAGCUCUCUCUCUCUCUCUCUCUCUCUCUCUCUCUCUCUCUCUCUCUCUCUCCACCGUAGUGCUCUUCCUAGGGUUUUCUUUCUUCUACUUAAUAUCUUCUUGGCCUUAUAUUUAAAUCCCUAUGCAAUUAAUGUUUUAUAUCUGCAUUUUUUAAAAAGAAAUGUCAUUUUAAGUGAUUCUUGUUUGUAGCAAGCACCUAUUGCUUUUGUGAGUAAAUGAAUUAAGACUUUUGUACUGUGAUUUGUACUCACUGCCCCAGUUCCCCAACUGUUGGAGCCUUGCUGCUGUGAAACACUGUAGUCACCGUAGUUGUGUCCACCACCCAGCCAGGUCUGUGAGUCUCACCUGUCACGUGACAUCGUCUGGUGUGGAUGUUGGCUCUGAAUUAGUGUCACUACAGUUACACGUGUCCGUCUAGGCUUUGCAAAACGCUCUAGUCACCAUAGUCGUGACCACUACCCAGCCAGGUCUGUGAGUCUCACCUGUCACAUGCCAUCAUCUGGUGUCACUGCAGUUACACGGGUCUGUCUAGGCUUUGCCGCAUACCUUGAGAAGCAGCUAGCAUUUCCCGUUGUUCACACAGUAAGGACAAUAUCUCUGCAUUGAUCUGAGGCUCACUGGUGGCCUGGGGAGGGGACACAGAGAACAGAAUGUCUGCAGCUGAGGCUUGUCUCUCUCCGUUCAGACCUCUUACCUGUUGCCUGAGUACACAAUGCACCCUGCUUUCUGGCCCACUUGCCACAGUGCUGUGCCUAAUCCGAGUUCUCCCCUGGCUUUUCCAGUCAGUUUGAAAGCUGUGUUCAUAACUAGAUGAAGUGUAGAGUAGUAACAUUAGAUGCUUUUAAAUGUUCGCUUCUUUUUAAACAAAAACUAAAACCCAGAACUGAAUUUUGAGGUGGAUUUUUAAAUAAAAAAAGA